AUGACGGAAGGAGAACCGAAAGGGAGUGGAUCUCGGGAGAUCCGAAUGGACGAGAAAGAGCCCGAAGUUAUUCGCUCACCAAGCUGGGUAUUGACCAACCAACGAGGAAAUAGUUUUGAAUAUUCAAUUUUUCUGACGAGCCUGCUGUUGGGCCAGGGCUACAAUGCUUACGUCGCGAGUGGAUAUGCGUCGAGGGAGCAAACAACGUACGACAUGUCUGGAAAUCCUUGCCCGUACAUGCCAGAACCUGCGAAAAUAUCUCCAGAAUCUAAGACAUCAAGUGUGUCGAAAUAUCAACUGAAACCGCCGGCGCAAUUCCAGAGUAAAUUGCUCCUAGAAAUCGAGGCGGCCCGGCUGAAAAAGUUGGAGCAAGAGGAGCAGGACAAACAAUUCGAGCAGCGGAAGUUAAUUAUGGAACGGGAACGCCUUCCAGCGGAUGAAUUCUGGGGGCAGAGGGUGCAUGCGUGGGUAGUAAUACUGCCCGACAAUCAAACAGGUGGUGCUCGUCAUCAGGAAGUACUCGAGCCCUUUUUUAUAGAACCCUCGUCUGGGCAGCAUUACUCACUCGACAAUCACCAGACGAAUCUUUUGUACCAUGGGAUCGAGAGCCUCUGGAACGAUCGGAACUACUGGGUCAAUAUGCAGACCUGCGAGAAGGCCUGCGAGGAAAUCGACUGGAACUUGGCUGAUAAUUCGCUCUGGCUCAGUUUGUUGCCAAGCGAAACUAUCAAGGAGUUGGAGAUGGAGAUGGUUAAGCCAGAUGAGGACUUUAAUGGACAUGUGGAUAAACAUUUGGAUAUGCCUACUUCUUAUGUUGAGCAAAUAGACAUUCAAUCGCUUGAUUAUGAGAGGCGUUUUCCGAACGGAAGAAAGACAAUGAUGUUCAAGAAGACAAAGGUUGAGCUCUUUGCUCCCUAUGUACAAAUGGACGGGCUUAUUGAAAAGAUAACGGUACACGAAGAUUACGAAUGUGAAAAGGCCACGCAUGUGUACGAAAAAUAUUCAAAUCGAGGCGAUAAACUUUUUCAGUCGACUUUUUUUGUUGGAGAGGGUAUUAGAGUUGAUUUGUACAAACGUGGACGCUCUGAUGCUGUCAAAGAGCAUCAUUAUUCAAUUGACGGUGAUUCAGUAACUGAUGAAAGAACCCUAGAAUUUUACGACGUAGUCCGGAGUGAUGGUUUAUCAAAAAUUCAAGUACAUCCUCAUUAUCUCACUCAGCAUUACGUCGGCCGAAAGGACCUUCUCUACUAUCGCAACGUCGAAUUUUCACUGAAAAAAACUACUAAUCAAAACACUUAUCAUCGUGAAGUUUCGAAAAUAACUGAAAAAUUUAACAGAAAUGAUAAAUUACCCGCGACUAAAGACAUCGCGGUGCGUGAAUUUUGCAUAAAAGACAACAAAAUAGAAUUAAAGUACCAUUACAAGGAAGACGAUGUCACCAGAGCAACGCGAACCUUUAUAAAACCCUCGGAUCGUGGAGAUCGGUUGGUAUUUAACCCAGAGAUGACUUACGGAUACAAUCCAGAUCCACUAGCUCCGUUGGAGAAGUCGUUGGAUUUAUUUUAUUUACUUGAGACUCAAUUGAAAGAAGAAGAGCAGUCGGUUGUUUACGUUCAUGAGGCCGAGCGAUUGAUUAACACCUUUUUGAAGCUCCGUAAGAGCGAGCAGGGCAUUCCAAAAUUAACCGUGUCGCAGUUUGAUCGCCAUAGAAAUGACGAGGCUAAAGCUGCGAUGUUUGCUCACGAAGAAACGCUGCGCGAACAAUCUGAGCGGCAAAUUGAAGAGGAGAUUGAUUAUUUACAACCUUAUUUAGCACGUCUUGGUAAUCCCGAUAAAUUAAAUAAGAAUCAAGCGUUUCAAGUACAACAAGAGUGCCUCAAUGAUUUUAAAGAAACUCUAGUGAACCGCGCUAAUAGAAUUUGGCGUAAAUUACAAGUAAUCCGACUCAACUUUGAAGAAUUACAACGUCAAUUAGCUCAAGCUGACGAUUUAACCAAAGAAGAAAUAGACAGUCUCACCGAGCGAGCGACUGAGGCUAAUUUUGAAAUGCACACACUUGACGUGAGAUUAAAAAGACACGUCGAAUUGUCUUCAACGCGGUAUCAAUCGAUGCUCAGCAAACUUAAUUCACAUCCGCGACUUUCUUCUCUUUCAGAACAAUAAUAAUAACGCAAAGAAAAAAGCCUCAAGAAUUAUAAUUAUUAUUUAAUACUACUUGUAUUGAAAUAAAUAAUUUACCUUGAUCGUCAAAUGUCGCUAGAGUAAAUUUACUGAGUUUAUUUGUAAAACUACCGGUGUUUGUUAUCACAGAACCUUCUGUACGAUUUUGAUUGGCAGAGUCGACAUUAUCGUCCGUCAAACGACUGUCUUCGGCGAAUACUGAUAUCAAAGUAUCCAUCAUUAUUGCCUAAAAAGAUAACAAUCAUUUAAUAAAUAAUUCUCUAAUUAUAAAAAAUUUUUUUUUUAAU